AUGAGAUGUGACAUACAGGGAGGAGACACUGACUGGCGGUAUGAGUGGUAUACGAAUGGUUAUUCAGUCUACUCUAAUACAAAGUCUGAGUACAGAAUCAGUCCUGUCUACGUGUCUAGCAGUGGUUCAUAUACCUGUAAGGGUGUAAAGGGAAGCAAGUUCUCCAAGACCAGUGAUGCUGUACAACUGACUGUGUCUGAUCAACCCAAGGCUGUUCUGAGUAUCUAUCCUCAGUGGCUGAACCCUGGAGACUCAGUGUCUCUGAGCUGUGAAGUUGACAAGACGUCUACAGGCUGGAGGUUCUCCUGGUACAGGACGGUUCCCACUUUAACAGAGCAGUCCUACUCUUUUCAGCAUCUUCCAGAAGCAGGCAAUGGGACUACUGAAGACUCCUACACUCUGAUCCCUGCUGGUCCUACUCCCACAGGAGGAUAUGUGUGUAGAGCUGGGAGAGGAGACCCAGUCUAUGACACACUCUACAGUGAACCUCAGUUUCUCUGGUCAGGAGAUCUGCAGCCUUCAGUGUCUCUCAGAAUAAGUCCCAACACAACACAACACUUUACAUCAAAGUCUCUCUCAUUGAGCUGUGAGGAGAAGGGGAACUCUACUGGAUGGAGACUGAUGAGCUACAGAGAGAGAGGAGUAGAGUCAGGGUGUGUCUCUAACUGGGGAUCAAUAACAGGGUCCACAUGUACCAUCAACUACACAUACACUUGGUCCAGUGGAGUGUUCUGGUGUGAGUCUGGAUCAGGAGAGUACAGUAAUGCUGUCAACAUCACAGUAAAUGAUGGUGAUGUGAUCCUGGAGAGCCCUGUCUAUCCCGUGACUGAAGGAGACUUUGUGACUCUGAGCUGUAAAUACCGGAAAGUCAGCUCAAACUUCAAAGCUGAUUUCUACAAAGAUGGAGUACUCAUCAAGAAUGAGACCAAAGGAGAGAUGACCAUCCCUACAGUAUCCAAGUCAGAUGAAGGAUUCUAUAAAUGUAAAUCUGGUCAAGGAGAAUCACCAGAGAGCUGGGUGACAGUGAGAGGUGAGAAAACAUUUAUGAUCACAAGUUAG